UGCGUGUGUGUUUUUUUUUUUUAGUACAGAUGUGUAUCAAACAUAUAGGCCCUUUGCUUUGUGAAUUCGGGCCAUUGUGAUUAUUUACGUCUAGGAAUUUCAAUGGUUUAAUCUCGUUCGAAGGACUUAUACAAAAUAUCUAUUCUUCCGCUAUCUACCCUGGCGAUGUCAAACCCAAAGGCACGUACGGACUCAGUGACCCAAAUCUGCUUGGUAGUUUAUACCGUAGAGCAAAGCAGGCCCUUCCGAGCUGAGCUCUGUCUCAUUUUAUCACUAAUGAUCCCUCAAUAUAGUAUAGCCUAGCUAAGGCCUCUAUAUCAGGAGCAGAGUUUUUUUAACUACAGUCUGGAAGUUACUACCAGCAUCAUGAGCAAGCUGAAAGUUGCAGUAAUUGGUGGUGGAAUAGCUGGGAUUUGUGCCGCCAAACACAUGGCAGUGAGACCAGACAAAUUUGAACCAGUUGUCUUUGAAAAAACCGAGCGAAUUGGAGGCACUUGGGUUUAUACAGAGGAGACUGGGAGGGACAGACAUGGACUGCCCAUCCAUUCAAGCAUGUAUUCAUCACUCAAAACCAACCUGCCAAAAGAAGUGAUGGCUUUCGCGGAUUUUCCAUUUGACAGUUCCCUUCCAUCAUUCAUCACACAUACAGAGAUGCUAGAAUACAUCGAACAGUUUGGUAGACACUUUGAUCUCCUUAAAUAUAUCCAGUUCAACACCAUGGUUGAAUCUGUGAGACCUGUGAAGCCAUCAGGUGAUACUCAAUCUGUCACGUGGGAGGUCAAAGUUCGCGAUGUGGAGAAUCGGGAAUCUGGUGGGCCUGUCACUUCUCACUAUGAUGCUGUCAUGGUUUGCAAUGGGCAUUAUGCACUUCCGAAGAUUCCAGAUAUGGAUGAGCUGGAUACCUUCUCCGGUCAAAUCCUUCACAGUCACAACUACCGUCAUCCAGAAACCUUCAAGGAUCAGUCAAUCUUGAUUGUAGGUGCUGGUUCCUCAGGGAUGGACAUAGCAGUAGACUUGUCACCCCAUGCGAAGCAGGUAGUCAUCAGUCAUUGGAAACCAAGAUUCAAGACGCCACUACCAAGUAACGUUAAAGAGGUUCAAGCUAUCAAAUCGGUCGGCAAGACUGAAGUUGAGUUUCUGGAUGGCUGCAAGGAUACUUUUGACAGCAUCGUGUUCUGUUCUGGCUAUGACUAUGACUUUAGUUUCUUGCAUCCAGAUUGCUUAGUAGAUGUUUCUGAUGGAAGAAUUACUCCGCUCUACAAACAUCUCAUCCAUCAGAUUUUCCCCAGCCUCUGUUUUAUGGGCAUAUCCAAACGCUUUUGUCCAUACCCCCACUUCAAUGCUCAAGCAUUAUUUUUCCUGGCAGCAUUAGAUGGCUCUGUGAAACUUCCAACAGAGAAAGAGAUGCACGAAGAUGAAGCAAAGGAGUUCCAAAUUCGAUUAGACGAAGGGCUCCCUCAUCGAUAUGCACACGAUAUGGGAGACAGACAGUGGGAGUAUAACUCUAACCUUCUUAGUUUUAUAGGGGCUGUACAGCAUAAGCCGGUUAUAGAGAAACUAUACCAUCAGGUAAUGAGAUGCAGAACAAAAAAUAUACUCAUUUAUAGGAAGAUGAAGUUUAAGGUUGUAGAUAACGACAAAUUUGUUCAACUGUAGUCUUUUCACUAGAGCUCCUUCGAGUGGUAAUUUAUUUCUAAACUAUUAUAGUUAAACUUUCUACAUUGUGUUUUGAAAUCCAUUUGAACGGCCUCGUUUUAUCAUUUAAUUUAAUCAAGUGCAAAUUGGGAUAACAAAUCCUUUUUGUAGUAGUAGAGCCUCAUGUUGACAAUCAAAUCCUAUUCUAUCAUAGUAAAAGUGUCGUGGUCGAGUGGACAUGUCACAAGACAAGGUCCAUGGUUCGAGUCCCACCGCGGCACUAAUUUGGCAAGAUAUUAAUCUACAUUUGGCACACUCGACCCAGGUGAGGUAAAUGGGUACUUGAUAGGAUUAUUCCUUGAAAUGCACUGUUCGCUGAUAAUGUAUGUAUUACGCUGAUGUAUAUA